UCUCUUCCAUUGGAAAAGAUGGCUGCCUCGGCAGCAUCGGCGGGUUCUACCCCCGGUUUUUGCCCAAGCUACGCCGUGAUAUGCUCUUUUCUAGAGCGGUAUGGAGCCUUGCUGGAUCUACCGGAGCUUACAUUUCCACAGUUGGAGCGAUAUCUCCAAGACACAACCUCAGUUCCAAAGCUCUUGGUGGACCUUCAUGUGAAGUUGUUGAGGAAGAUUGGCAAGUCGGUGUCCGCAGACAGAUGGGAGAAGUACCUUGUGAAGGUGUGCCAUGAGUUCAACAGUACUUGGGCAUGGGAACUUGAAAAUAAAGGAUACAAGGACAUGUCUGUGGAGUGCAAGACUGGAAUCCUCAAACACUUGUGUGAGUGCCAGUUUGAUGACAAUGUCAAGUUCAAGACUGCAAUCAAUGAAGAGGAUCCCGAUAAGAUGCGGCUUCUCCCUAUUGGCAAGGACAAGGAUGGCCUGAUGUACUGGUUCCAACUUGACCAGGACAACAACGUGAGGGUCUAUGUGGAGGAGCAGGACGACCUGGACGGGUCCUCCUGGAAGUGCAUUGUCAGAGACAGAAACAGCUUGGCUGAGAUCCUGGCACUGCUGAAGACUCAAAUCGACCCAGCACUGUUGACAAAGAAAGAAGGAGAGGAGGAAGAUGAGGAGAAAAAUAAUACUCGGGGAGAAGGGGAAGUAAAAAAGACAGAUGAUACCUCAGAAGAUGAAGAGGACAAGCCCUCCAAGGGUACAGCUUCCUUAGUCUCCCCAAAAACGGAGAGUACAGAAAAAGAGGAAUCAAAACUAGACGUAUCAGAUGCCAAAUCCCCAUUGAAUGGCCUAAAAGAUGAGUUCGAGUCAAAAAGCCAAUCAGAGAAGCCUAUGGUGGAUGACAAAGUCACCAUUAACACCCAGGCCAUCAAAGAAGAGCCAAUGGAGGUGUCAGAAUCCAAGGAGAGCACAGCCACAAGUGCUACAGAGCCUCUUGCAGAGAAACCUUGUCUGACGCCACAGACAGAACAGACAGAGGAAGCCAAGAGGAAGACUGCAAAGGAACUCCAAAGGGCGAUGAAGAAUGACCAGCAGGCCAAAAUCCCCUUGAAAAAGAGAGAGAUGAAACUUAGUGAAGAUUUUGAUAAUAAUAGUGGCAGUGGCAGUAGUAUUAUUGUGCGAAACCCAUCUGUUGCUCCUGAAGUUGAGGAGACAAGUAAAGAGGUAUCUGAUGCCCAGGUGGGGACUAUGGAGUGUAAAAGUGAUCAAGUGAAUGGUGAUGCUCGGCCUGCCACAGAAAAAAGUGUCAAUAAUGGGUUGAGAGACUCUGCUGAUGGCAAAAAACAGCAAACAAAAGCUGUUGCUGGGGAAGACCGUAAAGGAUCAGAAAUAAACCUGCCCCUGGACAAAGACAAGGAGAAAGGGGAGAUGGCAAGCAACACUGAGGAGCCCAUGGAGGUGGCCAUGGCUGAUGAAACUAGCCUACAGAAAAUUGUUCCAGUAGAAAAGGAAAGCACUGAAGAUUCAGAGGAAGUAAAAAAAUCUGCCCUCAAAGAGGCUAAAUCUCCGUCCCCUCUAAUGACAAAGCCAUUGACUUCAUCUAAGAAUGCAACAAGCCCACCGGAGAAGUCCUCUGAUUGUAAAGAGGAACAAAAAGUCAAGGUAUCCAAGUGGGAUGUAAAAGUGCGUCAUACAGAACACACAACAUCCACAUCAAUAGAAACAGAUAAAAACCCUUCAUCUAGUAAGUCACAGAAACCAGAUGAAACUCAAGGAACAGAUUCAUCUAUUGCCUCUCAAGAGGUAAAGUCAGCUGCCUCUAAGGGAACAGAUAAAACAGUUGUCAAUAAGGACGGUUAUUCUCUUUCUGUAGUGAAAGAGAUGGAAAAACCAACCGUCACAGAAAAGCGGUCGAAUCCUAAAAACCCAGAAACCUCAGUCAUCGCUAAACAAACCGGGAGACCUGACCCCAUUACAGAGAAACCAGACCGCUCUAAACGCACAGAGAUGCCAGCAGUCAUAAAAAAUACAGAGAAACCACCUUCUAACAAAGAGGGUGUAGAGAAAUGUGAUGUUUCUAAAGAUAUCAAAACAUCUUCUGUAAUGAAAAAGACAGAGAUUUCAGAGAAGAGUAAAGAUGCAGAGAACUUGGCCAGCUCUAAAGAGACCAAUACGUCGUCAGUCAUUAAAAAGGCAGACAAACCAGUUCCCAAUAAAGAAGCAGAGAAACUGGAGAGCACUAAAGAGACUGACAAAUCGUCUGUCAUUAAAAUGACAGUGAAAGCAGAGGCAUCUAAACAUACAGAGAAAUGUGAUAACCCUAAAGACAUUGAAAUGUCAGCUGCCACCAAGGAGAAAACUGCUGUCAGUGCUGAGAUGAAGAAAAAAGCUGUCCUGGAGAAAGACGCUGAGAAAACGGCUAUCUGUAAAGAUGAAAUGAGAACUGUUGCUAAAGCGACUAAGACACAAUCUGGCCCAAAAGAUGUGGAGAUGGCAGACUUCUCUGAGAAAACAACCCAGUCACAACUGGAUGAACCCAAAAAGGUAGAGAAAUUGGCUACCCCUAAAGAUGCUGGGAAAUCAGCUACCCCUAAAGACACAGAGAAAUGUGCUGAAUCAGCAACGCCUGAAGACGCAGAGAAAUUGGCUACUCUUAAAGAUGCUGUAAAAUCGGCUACCCCUAAAGUUGCUGAGAAAUCGGCUAAAAACACAGAGACGAUCUUUAAAAAGAUUGAGAAAUCUUCCAGGGGACAGAAACCAGACACCUCUAAAGAAACUGAGAAACUGGCAGACACAAAGCCAGGUGCAGAAAAAGGAGAGAAACUUGUCACCUUUGAGGAUGCCAAGCAAUUACCCUCUCUCAAAGAGUCUGUCCCAGUGGAGGGGAAACAGGAGGAGCCUAUGGAAAUAAGUUCGGAAAAGUCAACCGAUGACAACGUAAAGAUCAAGGGACAUGCUGAAAAAGGCUGGCCAAAAAAGGCUGUUAAAAGUGGAGAGAAGUGUGAGCUCAAAGACACAAAGCUCAUGGACUGUGAUGCACCAUCAGAAAAACAGGCUGCUAGUAAGAAGGCAUCAUCUCUCACAGAGACUGAAGGUGAGACAGACGAAAGCCAGGACAAAGUAAUCAAGGAAGAUGCCACAACACAGGGAUGCCCUCAAAAAGAGGAUGGGAGGAAGGACGAUCAGGCUAAGAAAGAUGACAAAAAGGAGGAUGAUCAAGCCAAGAAAGAUGACAAAAAGGAGGAUGAUGGGGCUGAGAAAGAUGACAAAAAUUCAACGGUAGCAGAGAAAUCGGGUCAGGCAAAAGCAAGUGAAGGGUCUGAGGAAGAUGAGAACAAGAACAAAGAGGAUGAGGACAAGAGUGAAAAAAAGGAUGCAGGGACAACAUCAGAGAUCCAAGAGGAGGGAAUUCGCCUGAAAAUACGUGGGAUUACCCACCGGAGGAGAGCUGAGCUCCAGAGAGAGGAGAGGGACUCUGGGUCAGAUACUGGUGAGACUGGGAGAUCCCUGAGAAGGUCACCCAGGAUCUGCAGGCCGACCGCUAAGGGGGUGGAGUUCCAGGACAGGAGGCUGGAGAAGAAAGAGGCCUCACCCCCUUUAGAGAAGGGUGACGAUGAGGAGGAGAAAACUGUUCAAAGGAAGCCAAGAGAGAAGGUUGAUCAAGAUGGGCUGUACAAAUCUAAGGGGCGACGGAGGAGAAAGACCCGGUGGUCCAACACUCGAACACAGAGGCGCAAAAAGAAUGGUUCUGGUGAAGAUGAUGAAAGCGAGUGGAGCGAAGAGGAGAGCGAGGAGGACAACAGUGAUGAGAGCUUUAAGGUGGAGAGGGGCAAGAGGAGGAGGAGGAACAGGAACAGAGAGAGGCACAAUGACGACUCUGACACCUCCUCGGAUGAUGACCUCCCUCCUAACGAUGACCCCUGCAAACACUGCGGCCUCCCCAACCAUCCUGAGCUGAUCUUGCUGUGUGACUCGUGUGACAGCGGCUACCACACGGCCUGCCUCAGACCCCCUGUCAUGAUCAUCCCAGACGGGGAGUGGUUCUGUCCACCCUGCCAACAUAAGCUGCUCUGUGACAAGCUUGAGGAGCAGCUUACUAAUCUCGAUGCUUCCCUGAAAAAGAGGGAGCGCGCUGAGCGACGAAAAGAGCGGUUGGUCUAUGUUGGAAUCAGUGUUGAAAACAUCAUCACUCCCUCGUUGGAGGUAGAGGAAGAAAAGGAGGAAGAGGUGGUGAAGAAGGAGAAGAAAGAGAAGAAAGAGAGAACCAAGAGCUGGGGUCGAAGGUCGACAAGGGCAAAGAAAAGCAUAAGCUACAGGUUUGAUGAAUUUGAUGAGGCUAUUGAGGAGGCAAUUGAAGAAGACAUCAGAGAGGCUGAUGGUGGAGGAGCUGGUCGAGGCAAGGAUAUGGCCAACAUCACAUGCCAUAGCAGAGGGAAGGACAUGUCCACCAUCCUGGCAGCAGGAGAGGGUGGCGAGGGCAAGGAGAACGGGCGCCCGCCGCGGCCCAAUGCCGGCCAGCGCAGGAAGAAGCGUCGGCGUCUCAACGACCUGGACAGCGACAGCACUGUGGAGGAGGAGGAGAGCGAGGACGAGUUCCGUCUCAGUGACAGUACGGAGGAAGAGGAGUUUGUGGCGUCGGACAAGAGCGACGCAGAGAGCGAAGCGGCAGUCGUCUCCAACGACGACAGCGACUUCGGCAGCACACAACGCAGAACCGCCAGAACAAGGAGGCCGGCCAAACGUCAGAGGAGCACUCAGCCGCGACGGCGCCGCAGACCGCGAGGGUACUCAGACGAUGAAGAGGAGACGAGUGAGGAAGAUGAGGAAGAAAUGGUGUCAGAGGGCUCCAGCGAGUUUAGCGACAGCGACCUGGACUGUAGCCGACGCCGAUCCCGCCGAAGUCAGACGAAGAAGCAGGUCAACUACUGCGAGUCGUCUGGCGACUCCGACGGCUCCAAGGCCAACACAAACCGCGACAAAGUCAAACCGCGGCGGCGCCUCGCCAGUUCAGACAGCGAAGCGAGCUCCUCCAGAGGCUCAGACGACAGCGAGAGGACUAGGUUGAAGAGGAGGGCCGACUCAUCCGAGAAAGAGUCCCAGCAGCACCGCAGACGGCUCUCGCUGAAACGGCGGCGAGCCUCCGAGGAGGACGAUGACGACCACGAUUCCGAUGAAUCAUCGGAGGGAGAACGUCCGGUCCGCAAGCGUGUGAACCGCAUCGACUCGGAUGACUCUGACAAGGAGGAGGAGAAGGAGAAGAAAGAAACCAAGGAAGAGGAGGAAGGGGGGGUGCUGGGGAAGGGAGCCAGCCCGUUGGACUACAGCCUGGUGGAGCUGCACCCCCCCACCAACGGACAGAGUCCCAUCAAGGCCCUGGAGGGCCUGGCUCACAUUGGGCCCCAAAAGCCUGGGGCCACAGCUGUCGCCAUAGCGCCCAACGGACUGGAGUUGGCACCACAGGAUGAUGAUGAGGAUGACCUGCUGGGGGUCACAGACCUGGUGGACUUUGUCUGCAACAGUGAUAUGUUGUAAAACCCAAGCUGUAUGUUUGUUAUUUUCUGUAGUAUUGUAUUUUUUGAUAUGUUGUUUUUCUUCUGUCCUUUUUUUAUUUUAUUUGUAUUCAUCCUCCUCGUCCCCUCAUCAGUAUGACCACAUCCAUCUGUAUGAACUGGAUGCCUUACGUGGGGAAAGUUCAUUGUCUUCACUCUUAGCACCUCUCGCAGUGGGAUUGUACAGUCAUUGAGAGCACUAACCCACAGGUUGUUAAGUGGCAUGUGACUUUGCAUUGCAUUGCAUUGUCUUAUCCUCUGUACUCGGUCACCGAUGGACAUGCGGGUCAGAUACUUGACCGUAAAUGACACACAAAUGAACCUACCUGUUUCUCCAGCCAACUUCCAGGGUUGUCUACUCAGGGGUCCAUCCACUACCCCAUGCAAUCCCCCAUACAAAGAGUCCAUCCCCCAACUUCAUGGUUGUGUUCAUUAGGCCCCAAAAGGAAGAAAACAGACAGAAACAGAGAGGAACUACCUUGCCUUGUCCAAUAAGAAACGCUAAUUUUCCGUUGUGUGACCUAAUGAACAUGACCCAUGACCUCUGUUCUCCUGAGAGGCACCUCUCAUAGUGUUCCUGCCUGGGAAAGAGGAGGUUGUAUUGUAUGAUAUUAAUUCCUUGUUAGUUGGUCUUUGUAGGAUGUAGAUGUGUUUGGUUUUGUCUAUAUACCAUUGCCACUCGUAUGAGUUCAACAUUGUUAUGAGAAUAGAAGAUGGCAGAGGUCAGGGGUCAAACUGCAUUCCAUUAACGACUUAAAUUAACAUAGUUUUGUGGAUCAACUGCUGGAAACCAAUCGUUGUUUUGAUCCCCCUGCUCUUUACCCCAAACUUUUAAUAUGAACGUCUUUCACUUUUUGAUAUUUGAAUUCCAUAUUUUAAUCCUCCUACAUCGAUCAAACUAUUUAUUCUUUGUUUUGAUGUGUUCAAUUCUAUUAGUCAGUAGUUUGAUAAGCUAAACCAUUACACAGGUUUCCCACUUUCUUUUUUGGUCCAUUUACAACAAGCACUGAAUGAAAAAGCAUGAGCACAACAGAGUUUAAGUCAGAAUUCCCAUGGGAAAACGGGACACAGAACCAUCAUCAUUAUCAUGCUAGAAACAGCUUUUUUUAACUGACAGACUGGGAGACCAGACCCACAACCGAUCCCAUACUUUCUAGAAAAUACAAUCUCCAAAGAGUAUUUCUCAUGGAUUUGGUCAAUUGUUUUUACCCAAAGUAUUGAAACGUUGUACUGGCACCUAUAUCCAGUUCUUUUUUUUUUUUGAUCAAUCGUUCCCAUCAUGUGGUAUUUUGACUGUUUUUAAUUAAUUAUUGAUACGAAACACUAUCAAGGCAACUAGCUCCUCAGUGCAUCACGCCAAAUUACAGGUGUCAUUUAAUCAACAUUAAAAUCUGUUAACUACCACCACAUUGACAAGACUUUCCUUUAAAUGGAGAUUUGAUGUCACCGACUGGAGUAGACCAACCCUGAUCUUCUCACCUCUGUGUGCACAUGAACCUGUUUCUAAAAACCCUAGUUUAGUUUUUGUAUACUGUACACACAUAUAAAUAUAAUUUUAGUGUGUGCUGUCAACACUAUCAAUGGAUUAAAUGCCCAUGUUUUAGACUAAUUUUGUAAUAUUGUUGUGUGGAAUCACUGAGUAUUUACAGAAAAUUCUGCCAACUUUCUCUGUCCCUCCCAAUAACCAUGUCAGCAUUUUAACCAUUAUUUUACGUACGUUGUGUUUUUAUAAUGUAUUUCUUUGUAUAUUAAAUCCUCCUCCUCUAUUAUCGUUUUCCUCCCUAGCAAACCAUCAAGUGGCAUACUGUUUCCUAUGUACCUUCUUGUCAAUACUGUGUGUAGGUUCAAAACCUUGAAGUAAAGGUACUUACUGAGUACACCUAACUACCUGCCGUUGUUCAUCAAGACUAUUAUUUAGAAGUAUAUAUAUAUUUUUAUGGCCCCUGGUCUUUUUGUAACUCUCUGCCACCACCAGUGUUUAUUGUAGAGAACACUACUCUUGCGCUAGUCUCCCCUCUACAUUUUACUGCAUCAACUGGAGACUAAAUAAACGUCUCCGAUCUCAAAGGCCUAUCCUUUGUCUGUUCUCAUAUGAGUUCAUUUUGGUUUUAGGGUUCCAUUUUGAGGUCAGGUUAAAUCACUGCCUUUCUGGGCCCAUUUUCAAAAAGUGUCUCAGAGUAGGAGUGCUGUCCAUAUAAUAUUAUUCAUUAUGAUCUAAAAGGCAAAACAGAUCCUAUAUCAGCACUCCUACUCUGAGACUGUGAAUACAGGCCCUGGCCUCGAAUCAAAAUAAUAUUAUGAAUAAACGGCGCACUGGAUUCAUCUUUAUAUUAGGGAAUGAUAUACCAGAAUGCAACUUGUUUGGGGAAAUGGUCCAGACCAUAAAUUGACCUCUAAUGUAUAUAUCUGUAGUUUUUGCUGUAAUAUAUAUUUAGAGGCAUCUUUCUUUUAUCAUGGAAAUAAAUAUAUUUGAUUGCGUCUGUUUAUAAUAGUUUUCCUUGUAGAGGGGUCGUGAUAUUGGCACAACUGUUUUGUAAUGAAUUCAUUGGAUAUCUGGCAUGUUUGUUGGAUGUUAUUUUGUUAUGUGCAGAUGUGUUGGCCACCUUAAGGAUUUGCCAGGUUCAAUAACCACAGACCUCUAAACUCCUUUGCUCAGCAGUGUUCCUUGUGUCCUGCUACUGAACAGGAGAGCAUGAACCAACCACUGGAGGCACAGACUAUACCUGGCAGGACUGAUGAGUUGUGUUCCGUAGGCAUACAAUUGUAGAAAACAGAGUGAAAUGGGGAGAUACUAACUGAACUUGUCCAAUAUGAAAAGCUUGUUUUCAUUUUCAGUUGUGCCCCAAUGUACAUGACCCUGGACACAAACAAAGGUGGCCAUCGUCAGAAUCAUGGGAAAGGUUCAAGAUAAAUGCGCUCAAAUUAAGAAAUGAAGCCUGUUUGUAAAUUUGUCUUUUGUGAAAUAGUGUUGGCAUGUGUUCAUCACCGAUGGUAAACGUAUCUUAUUAUUCUUGGUUAAUCACACAAUGUGUUUAAUACUUCAAACUAUGAAGGAAGAUUUCCAAGGCAAAUUACAAAUCAUUUCUGAGCUGCCUGCAAUGCACUCAACUAACAUGGUAAUAUUGACUACAGUUACCGCACCAUUAGUUUGACUGCCCCAAAGCUUCUACUGGCAGUUCCAUUGUGGGAAUCCGAUGCAAAUGACUAGGGUUAGUUUACCAUCGUUUUGGGAUGAAGAAAUGUAUGAUUUCUGAUGUAAUGUUCUCAAGAGAUUACGUUUACAGCUGUAUUUCAUGAGUAUGACAUGGUGGGCCUACUUCAUUUUAAAUGACAAAUCUGUUGUAGCAAAUUAUCCUAAAAAGGUAGGAGUACACUAGUUGGGAGGGGCAGUUUCAGUCAGACACACAGGCAGUCCUCUGCCAGGGGGAAGUUGGUGCAAAUGAUUCAAAAGUGUUUGUUCAUUAAUAUCGUUUAUUACAGGUAAAAUUGGAAGACUGGGGAGACAACUAUACUGUAGGUCUGGUGUAUGAACACUAGCUUGUAGAUUGGUUGUCUAUGUUUUGUCUGUUCCUCUUCAAUACCUUUUUAUUAUUUAAUUUUACUAUUUUCUUUCAUAAUAAUACAAUCUUGUACAUUUGUCAUAAUAAAAAGCUUUUUAAACAGGG